AAAGAAGAAUAGAAGAAGAAAAAAAGACGAAAAGAAAGAAUAAUUUCUUUUUCUCUCUCUCUCUCUCUCUCUCUCUCUCGCUCUCUUAAUUCUUCAGUCUUCACUCUUCUCUUCUCGUCGUCGUCGUAGCUGUCGUUCUCGUUGUCGUGGGUACAUUUUUUCAUAAGAAAUUCUAAAAGCAACCCCUCGAACGAGAUCCGUCUAAACUCAUUGUUUAUAUUCCUCGCUUAAAAUCCCAUUUUCGUCUUACACUUUUCUUUUCUUAACCUUCACUCCCUCCUCAAUCCUCCCUCGUUCCCUCCCAUCUUCGUCACCACCUUCCUUUUCCUUCAUCAUCUUCAUCAUCUUCAUUGUCUUCUUCUUAUUCUUUUUCUUCAUCCUUCUCUUCCAUCACUGUUCUCUUCUUCUAUAAUUGCUUCUUUUUUUGGAUAUCUUCUUUACUUCUAUUACGAGGAAAAAAAAAAGGAUACAUAUAUAUCUCUCUUUCUCUCUCCCUCUCUCUCUCUCUCUCUCUCUUUCUCUCGUUAAUUAGUAUCCAGGUAUUUUAUUUUUUUCUAAUACCGCAAGAAAGAAUCGAGUAGAACGGAAUUCUUAGAGAGAGAGAGAGAGAGAGAGAGAGAGAGAGAGAGGGAGAGAGAGAGAGAGAGUUAGAUAGAUAGAUAAACAGAGUGAGAGAAAAAGAGAGAAAGGGAUAGAGAUAGUGAGUGCAGCACGUGUCCGGCGGUGCCGGCGGCGCGAAGAAAGAUGUAAGAAGAGGAAGGGGUGGGGGGGGUUUAAAGAAAAACCGUAAAAACGAAGGUGCGGAAAGGCUCGUGCGUUUUCUUUUAACUAACAAAGACGCAUCCCCUCUUCGACAAAUAUCUUACGCAUCGCGGAUAAACGGAAAAAGGAAGAGAUUAUACGGACCAGCAAAAAAAAAGAGAAAGGAAAAGGAAAAAAAAGAUAGUGAGAGAGAGAGAGAGAGAGAGAGAAAAUAAUCCAAAAAAAAGGAAAGAGAUAAAAACGGAUAAAAAGAUAAAAAGGAGAAAUCGAUAAAGAAAGAUUAAAAAAAGAAAGAAAAGAAAGAAGAAAAAAAAAGGAGAAGAUCAAGAUAAUGCAAGAAGUUUGAGAUAAACGUUUGUUUUGAAAAAAUAAUCAUCGUCUACUUGAUCUCGAAACGAAUAGAAAUUAUUUCUGUUUGAAAUUAAUCGAAUUACGGGCCACGUGAUAAUACAUUUUUUCUCCGCACAUCGGAGAUUGAUCAAGAACGUCAUCGAUCGUGUCAUUAUUGGAAUCGAUUUUCUUCAUCCAAGAAGAUGAGAGGCCUUGUGCCGGGCAGCAUAUUCAGCCUACUUGUUCUACUCGUCGCGUGGCAAAACGGAGCGCGGGCUAACUGGUGGUAUCUGGGACUGGAACCUCGCUUGAGCGGAUCGGUCCAAGGUGCUGGAGGCGGUGCCGAUGGUUCGGACGGACAACAGGGCUUGGGCAUAGCUGGUGCGGGUGUGAUAGGUCCUGCUAGUGCUGAAAAAAAUUGCAAGAGUGUCCACCUCAGCGUCAAACAGCAACAGAUUUGCUCACGUUCACCGCCAGUCCUGCAAGCGGUAAGCGCAGGCACGAGAUUGGCGAUCGAAGAAUGUCAACAUCAAUUCAGAUCUGCUAGAUGGAAUUGUUCUGUCAGCCCGGACAAUCCGGACAACAUUUUUGGCGGUGUCAUGUUAGUCAAUAGCCGAGAAGCUGCUUUCGUUUACGCGAUAUCAGCAGCUGGAAUCGCUUACAGCGUAACCAGAGCAUGUUCAAGGGGCGAACUGACAGAUUGUUCCUGCGACAAUCGAAUUAGGACCCGCCGACCGAAUAACUGGCAAUGGGGUGGCUGUAGCGAGGACAUACAUUUUGGAGACAAGUUCUCUAGAGAAUGGACCGACGGUGCUGAGGAAUCAAUUAAGGAAGGAAUUCUGCAUGGUGUCAAAGGACUGGCCGGUCAGCUUAUGAGGAAACACGACAGCGAGGCAGGCAGGCGAGCUGUUCGUUCAAAAAUGAAACGUAUUUGCAAGUGUCACGGCAUGUCCGGAUCAUGCAGUGUCCGCGUCUGUUGGAGGAGACUUCCAGCAUUCAGAGAGGCCGGAACUGAUCUCGCAGCUCUUCACGAUGGGGCGGCAUUGGUACGACUGUCUCAACGGGGCGGCAGAAGACCCGCAAGACUGAGGCCCGCGCAACCCGAUCUCAAACGACCGAACAAGACGGAUUUAGUUUACCUGGAGGACAGUCCUGAUUAUUGUGAAAGAAAUAUCACGCUAGGCAUCCCCGGAACGAGAGGAAGAAUUUGCAAUCGAACAUCACCGGGUCUCGAUGGUUGCCGAUUAUUGUGCUGCGGUCGUGGCUAUCAAACAAGGGUAAGGGACGUCACGGAGAAAUGCAGUUGCCGAUUCGUCUGGUGCUGUCACGUGAAGUGCGAACUAUGCAGACAGAGGCGCGAGGAACACAUUUGCAAUUAAAGAAUAAUAAGAUAGACAUUGGUCGCGCGACUCCAUGCAAUUUGACAACGUGUCUUCUUUGAGAUGAGUAAUAUAACUCAUACAUAAAUCGAUUUCAAGGGCAAAUCGACGUAUUCUUAUCGCACGAUUUUUAACGUUGCGUUGAUGAAAUAAAAGAAAGAGAAAUGAAAUGAGUCGAUAUGAGGAAUAGGAAAGGCGGAGGGGAAGGAGAUGGGGAUGAAAAUAUGAAUGGAGAUAUGGGAAGCUAAGAGAUCGGGUGAGGGAGAAAAAUAGAAAGGAACAAAAAAAAAAUAUAUAUAUAUAUAUAUACAUACCAAUAUCCGCCGCGAGAGGCUAGAAAAUAAGAAAAAAGGGACGAUAUACCUACGACUCUGUUGAAAAGAGAGAGAGAGAGAGAGAGAGAGAGAGAGAGAGAGAGAAACAAGAAAAUGAGAAAGAGAGAGAGAGAGAGAAAACAAGAAAAUGAGAGAGAGAGAGAGAGAAAGGAGAGAAAGAUAAUGAAAAAGAGGACAAAGAAAUAAAAGAGAAAAAAAGCGUUCUGUACCUGACAGUCAGAGUGUCGUAAAUAAUCCACUCUUCGGCAACAUUUAUUUUAAGUUUAUUUAUCUAUAAUUUCGGAUACUCAGGGUAAUACGCUUUGUCCGCGCUUCUAUGUUUAUGAAUAGAAGAAGAAAAAGGAAGCCAUCGAUAUACUGCGUGCAUACGUGCAUGCGUGCAUGCGCGGACCCCUCGAGUUUCAGUAUUAAUAAUGGUGUGGGUAUGUUAAGGAGGCGAUCGUCUACAUGGAUACAUACCCACAUUGGAGUUACGAACACGUGGCUCGUUAUGCUAGUCUGGCUCUCAGGUGCAGCGUCGACCGCGUGGAUAUUGACAAACCGAGCAUACGGAAAAUGUUUAUUAACGACGACAUUACGUCGCUCGAUGAGGAAAAAUCGACGGUCGUAUUAUUCAAAAAAGAAAAAAAAAAGAAAGAGAUAAAUAAAAAGAAUAAAAAAAGAAGAGAAAAAAAGAAAGGAAGAAAAAAGAAAGAACGAAUUAAUUUCUUUUUCCAAUUCUAAAGCUCAGAGUGUAUCUGUCUAUCCCAUUUGAAACCGUACAUCUAAAUGUUUCCGCUUGAUUCUAAUGACGAACGAAAGAAUGUCACGGAACGAGAAAUACAGCAGGAACAUUUUUCUUCCCCUUUCAAGAUCAUUUUUUUCAGAUAAUCAAAGUCAUCGGUGUUUCUAUUUUUCCCUAUUCUUUUAUUUUUAUUUUUAUUUUUUUUUUAUUUUAUUUUUUUUAUUUUUUCUUUAUUUUUUUUUUUUUUUGGUGAAAUGUUUAUAUUUUUAUUACAAUAAUAUGAUAGCUCAUAAAAUUAUCAAAUAUGGGAAAUAUUUAGUGUAAUAGGGAUAUGUCUGAUCUUAGCACGAAUUUGAAGAAAAAAAUAAUGUUUGAAAGAAUAAAAAAAAAAGGUAGAAAUCUUAAACUUAAGCGUUUCGGUCUAAAUGAUGUUUUUUUUUUUUUUAAGUCACAUAAGCUUCCAUUGAUUUUAAAGCAAAACAUAAUAUACGUUCGAGACGAUGUCCUCUCUUCGUAUUAAUAUGUUUUUUAAUUUUUAAACAACGAUCAAAGAAUGCAAUAUUCGUUGCAAUUGUUUUAAAAUUCGUGUUAAAUAUCACUUUAUAUCUUACAUCGAGAGAAGCUGUCUUUUCUUUUUAAUUUAUUUAUUCAUCAUCUAAUUUAUUAUGAUUUGCGUUAUAUUUUUAAGGUCAUGCUGUGAGCCUCCCUAAUUUUUCUAAUUAAAACAUGAUUCUUUUUUUCUUUUCAUUCCAGGCAAUUCCUUGAGAUCGAAAAAAUAAUAAUACUCUAGGAAUAUAUUUUUUUGACGAGCUAUCAUACUGCGGUGGUAACAACCAAUGUACCAUUCUACCUAAAAAAGAAAAAAAAAAAAAGAAAAAAACUACCGAUGACCUUAAUAUCUUAAAAAUACCUUAAAAUAAAAUAUAUUUCAUAUCAUUACAUCUUUCCCUUUCAAACGAUGUAACAUUGCUCUAUAACAUUUUUUUAUCCCGCCGAAAAAAAAUAUUUAGACUUAUUCGAGAUUUUAAAUGGGAUACUCUGUAUACUCUCGAUGAUAGAUAUCCUAUUAAAAGGAGAUAUAUAUGUAUUCCUGUACACUACUAAGUUGAAUAUAUAUGUAUGUAUGUAUGUAUGUAUGUAUGUAUGUAUGUAUGUAUGUAUGUAUGUAUGUAUGUAUGUAUUAUCAUUA